AUGCGUGAUUCAAGCUCUAGCUUUGGAUUUGAUCUUCGUGAUUUGCAGAAAAAGAUUGAGAUUGAACGAGUUGCAAAGUUUCUUGCAAACUUGAUCAUUAUGGGUUCUGGGAUAUUGGGAAGAGCCGUAUUUCAAGCUUAUCGCAAAGCACUGGAAAAUGCCAGCAAAAAUGGUGUUUCACAUGAAGCGAUUAACUGUUGCGCGCAGCGGAAAAACAUUAUGACAGAACAAGAAGCUAGUCAUAUUUUAGGACUGAGCGAGCAGGCAUCAUGGGAAGAAGUUUUGCGGAAAUAUGAUGCAUUGUUCGAACGGAAUGCUAAGAAUGGAAGCUUCUAUCUUCAAUCAAAGGUUCACAGAGCUAAGGAAGCUUUAGAGAGUGUCUAUCGAGGGGACAGUACAGGAACAAGUUGAAAUAUACCUGAUUUUUGUGUUCUGGGUGA